UGCAGCCGUUAGCAGUGAAAGGAAGUUCCGGGAUUUAACAUGGCCUCGAAAGACCAAGUCGUGAGUAUAACCGAGGAAGCAAUUUGUCCCAUCUGUCUGGAUUUCUUCACCGAUCCAGUGUCACUGGAGUGCGGACACAACUUCUGCCGCCACUGUAUCACACAGUGUUGGAAAAGUGCGCGGCGAAACUCCUGCCCGGAAUGUAGAGCGCAGUUUGCAGACCAUACACUCAGGUCAAGUUGGGCCUUAGCAAGUCUGUCUGAUAAAGUUCGAAGGCUAAGCCUAAGUCUGAACGAGAAGGAAAAUAAACGUCACUGCAAGGAACACGAGGAAGAACUGAAGCUAUUUUGUGAAACCGACAAGAAACUGAUAUGUGUGAUCUGCGCGACUGCGCGGGAACACAGGGCCCACAACCUCAUGCCGGUUAAAGAAGCCACUGAAAUCUACAAGGUGCAGGUUAAGUCUUCCUUAGACUCUUUCAUGAAAUAUAAAGCUCUAAUCCAGGAAAUGGAGGAAGAACAGACACAGAAGAUUUCUGGAUUUUGGGACCUAUCACACAGCAUUCAGUCCCACAUCAGGUCCCAGUUUGCUAAACUGCACCAGAUUCUCACUGAGAAGGAGCAGCGCUUACUCCGAGUUCUCAUGGAAGAAGAGGAGAGGAUUCUAGAUCCAAUGGAGAAAAGCCUUCGAGAGAUUCAAGAGAAUUUAAAUUCUAUUGAGGAGGAAAUCUCAAGGUUACAGAAACAGAUGGAUCAAAAUGACUGUGUGGUAUUUCUGAAGGAGGAAGCUCGCCGGAAGAGAAGGGUUAAUAAGGAUACAUCGGUGUUUGCAGUGGUAGAAGGUGCCCUUCGUGCUAAGAAAUUCAAUCACCCCUUGUCCACAGUGUGGAGAGGAAUUGUUGAUGCUGUUACACAAGUCUCUGUCGCCCUGGGUGUGGAAACAGCAGCUCUGCAGCUUGACGUGUCUGAGGAUCAGGAAAGUGCAAGUUGUGCCGGGACCCUGAGGAGUCUUCCAGACACCGGGAAGGGGAUCACAAAUGGGCCUUGUGAGCUGGGUCGGGAGGGAUUCACAUCGGGCAGAUAUUACUGGGAGGUGGAGGUGGCGGGUAUUCAGGGCUGGUGUCUGGGAGUCACUGCAGAGUCCCUGGAGAGGAGCACAGAUGUCAAGCUGAUACCAGAGAAUGGAUUCUGGACCAUCUGGCAGCGGGAUGAUGAAGUUUAUGUUCUCAGGUCCCCUCCAUCCCGUCUCCCUGCCGGUCCCAUCCCCGUGAGGGUGGGAGUUUAUCUCAGUUAUGAGUCUGGGACAGUUUCAUUUUACAACAUGGAGAACAAGUCACAUCUCUACACCUUCACUGGGGAUAAAUUCACAGGGAGGCUCUAUCCUUUCUUCUGGACUUGGGAUGGAAACCAGUGGCUGAGAAUGUAGACCAGAAAAUAAACUGCAGUAGCAUUGGGACCAUCUGAAUGUUCCUCACCCACCUUUUCUAUCUGCUGUCCAUCACCUAAACACUCCUCCCCACCACCCUCCAUGCUCCACUGUCCUUUCCUAUCAGAUUCCAUCAUCUUCAGUCCUUUCUAACUGCUGCCCAGCUUCUGACAUCCUUUCUGCACUGCACCCCUCGUUUAUCUGUCUGUCAUUCCCUUACCUGGCUCCACCUAUCACCAGCCAGCUCUUACUUCACCUUUCUUUUCUGGUGGCCUCCCCUCUUCUUUCCAGUCCAGAUAAGGGGUCCUGGCUUGAAACGCUGACCGUCCAUUUCCCUCCACAAAUGUGUGGAGUUCCUACUGCUUUUGUUUGUGUGUUGCUGGGAUUGUAAGUCAUGGUGCAGGUUAUUGACUCCAAACGCUGACCAUUCCUUGACUGACUGACUAGCUUCAGCCAGUGCCCAGCACCUGCAGCCUCUUGAGCCUUAAAACCAAAUAACGGAGAGAUGAUGAGAAGAUCAAAUGAGGUUAUGGAGGGGGAAGGGGUGGGAAAAGUGAACUGAGCGGGAAGCACUUUUAUAAGCCAAAAUAAAUGUUUUUCACUAUAAAAAUAUUUACAAUCAGCCAUGCAGUGCCUUUCAUUCUUGCAUUCAUAGUCAAUACUUUAAGUUGUGUUCUAUUAUAUUUAUAGAACAUUAUAGCACAGUACAGGCCCUUUGGCCCAAGAUGUUGUGCUGACCUAUUAACCUGCCUGUCAGUCUAGCCCUUCCUGCAAAUAAAAUUUAUUACCAAAGUGCAUAUAUAUCACCAAAUACGACUCUGAGAUUCAUUUUCUUGUGGGCAUACUCAAUAAAUCCAUAAUAGGAUAAUACCCAUAAUAGAGCCAAUCAACACUUGUGCUGAACCAGUGUGCAAAAGCCAACAAACCAUGCAAAUACAAAAAGAACAAAAUAAUAAUAAUAAUAAAUAUUGAGGACAUGAGAUGAAAAUCCAUUGAAAGUUAGUACAUCAGUUGUAGGACCAUUUCAAUGAUGGGGCAAGUGAAGUUAUCCUCAUUGGUUCAAGAGUCUGAUUGUUGAGGGGUAGUAACUGGUGGUUUGAGUUCUGGGGCUGCUGUACCUGCUUCCUGAUAGCAGCAGCAAGAAGAAAGCUUGUCCUGGUUGGUUGGGGUCUCCAAUGAUGGAUCCUGCUUUCCUAUGACAACACAUCAUGUAGAUGUGCCCAAUGAUAGGGGUAGGGGGCUUUACCUGUGAUGAACUGG